GAGGGAGUGGGGGUGGGGAAGAGAAGAGACUGAAAGUAGCUAAAGAUUAAUUACAAAGGCGGCUCUCUUUCUCUCUCUACGACUAAUAUCUCCAUUAAUAGUCAAUCCUUUCCUCUCUCUCCUGCUUUUCCUCACUCUUUCCUCUCUGUUUUCCUUUCUCUCUUUCUCUCUCUCUCUCCAUAAAUCCUCACUGUUCCCACCAUUUUCAACAAACCACCAUCAUCCAAAAAAAAAAAAAAAAAAAAAGAAAAAAGCAAAAAUCGGAGGUAAUUGAUUGGGUUAACAAUGGAGAUGGAAGUGGUGGUUCCAGUUCCAAACCACCCCAUGGAUUUCAAUUUCGACAGCACUUGCUCUUCUCCAUACAUGACUGCUCCUUCGAGCCCUCAGAGAUUCGGCAACUUCUUCUUCAGUGCCCCUACCAGUCCCGCGCGCGCCACCGCCUUCUACAACGAACUCAAUAACCUUGCCCUCACCCAAAACGAUUUCAAUCCCCGAUACUCUUCUUCUUCUUCUUCUUCUUCCAUCCCUUUUAAGUGGGAAGACAAGCCCGGAGUUCCCAAAUGCACCACCACCCCUUCCAAUUCCAUCCACGACCAUCCCCAGGAUCGCCACCCUAAUCGUAACAACCACGAUGAUAAUCAAGAUUUCGAAUUCAAUUUCAGCGGCCAGUUGGAUAUAACCUCUUUGUCCGCCGAUGAGCUUUUCGAUGGUGGGAAAAUCAAGCCUUUGAAACCGCCGCCUCGUUUGCACGUCGGCUGUGGAGGUGGUGGCGGCAACGGAACGACGACGGAUUAUGACUCUUCUUCCUCUUUAACGUCGCCUAGGUCGCCGAACAGAUCCCCGAGAUCGAGAAUUUCUCAAGGGAAGAGAAUGGUUCAGGAAGCGCUGUCUCCGAGGCAUCAGAGAAAGGAUUUCGAUCCUUUCUCGGCCGCCAUUGAAGAAACGCGUAGGAAAUGUUGCCAAACUAAUCGAGAGCAAGAGAAUGAUAACGAAGCAGAGAAGCGCGGGAGGCCAGGAAGAUCGACUACGGGGUUUGUUCGUAAAGGGACGAGAUCUUUAUCUCCUUUGAGGGUUUCUGACAUUGUUCUCGAUGUCGAAGACAGUUCAUCAUCAUCAAUGGAGAAAACAAUUUCCCAAGCUGAAAAGCCGUCAACUCCUUCUUCUUCUUCUUCAGCUUACUCUUCGAUUCUAUCAGCGAUUUCGUUCUCCAAAGGUUAUAGGAAAUGGAGGUUGAAGGAUUUCUUGUUGUUCCGUAGCGCAUCGGAAGGAAGAGCGACAAGCAAAGAUCCAUUAAGAAAGUAUGCAGUUUUGUCCAAAAAAUCCAUCGUCACCGACGACGUGAAGAACUCGAGUUUCCGGUCGACGGAAAGUGUGGGUUCGGUGAGUUCGAGGAGGAGAGGACCGGUUUCGGCUCAUGAAAUGCAUUAUACGGUAAACCGGGCAGUUUCAGAGGAGAUGAGGAAGAAAACCGUUUUGCCUUACAAACAUGGACUGUUGGGCUGCUUGGGUUUCAACCAUGGUGUGCAAGAGAUAUCUCGGAGCUUUGGAUCUUUGACACGUGGAUGAUUCAAUUUUAAUUACUCAAUCUGGGUAUCUCUAAAUUUCCCCUAAUUUGUUCAAUAUUGUAUAAUUUUCCUUUUUUUUUUUUUUUUCGGUUCCCUAAAAAAUUUCUACAUAUAUAUGUUUUUAAAUUUUACUCUUAUGGCUAUUUUUAUGGUCUAUAAUUUGUUCUUUUAUGGUGAUGUCUAUAUCACCCCAAAAAAAAAAAAAAAAAAAAAAGAACUCAAAUUUACGAAUUAUAUAUAUAAUAGAAAAGACAUCUAAAGGAAUUACAAACAAUAUGAAAGCUCCUUGUGUGUUUGGUGGU